CGCGGGGGGUCGCGUGGACAUCUUGCGGUUCCGGGGGGAAGAGGAUGUCGGAGAAGUUCUCGGCCACUCUCCGGAUUGGAGACCUCAACGACUUCAUUGCGCCGUCGCAAGCUUGCAUCGUCUCCGUCAAGGGCCUCAAGGCGGCUACGUCGGCGAAGAGCGACAAGCCGGAGGUAGCAAUUGCCAGAAGACCAGUGAAGACAGAGCCGGUCAAGAUUUCGCUCAAGGACUGCUUGGCAUGCAGUGGGUGCAUUACAUCAGCAGAGACUGUUAUGCUCGAGAAGCAAAGCUUGGAUGAGUUUCUCUCUAACAUUGAUAAGGGGAAGGCUGUCGUAAUCUCUGUCUCUCCGCAAUCAAGAGCUUCUCUUGCAGCUCAUUUUGGCUUAUCUCCUCUUCAGGUUUUAAGGAAACUCGUGACUUUUUUUAAGUCUAUUGGAGUAAAGGCUCUGUUUGAUACAAGUUGCAGUAGAGAUAUAACCCUCAUCGAGUCUUGUAAUGAGUUUGUGAUGCGGUACAAACAAAAAAAAUCGAAGGGAGAUAAUUCUCUGCCCAUGCUUGCUUCAGCAUGCCCGGGUUGGAUUUGCUAUGCUGAAAAAACACUAGGGUCCUAUAUUUUGCCUUACAUCUCAACCGUGAAAAGCCCUCAGCAAACUAUGGGAGCUGCUCUUAAGCAUCAUGUAUGCCAGAUAAUGGGCCUCAGGGUGGAUGAAGUCUAUCAUGUAAGUGUCAUGCCCUGUUAUGACAAGAAGCUGGAGGCCGUUCGGGAUGACUUUGUUUUCCAGUUGGACUCUCCUAAUGACGCACAACUGGAUGAAGUUCGACUUGCGGAAGUUGAUUCAGUUUUGACAUCUGGAGAAGUUUUAGAUUUGAUAAAGCUGAAAGCCGUGGAUUUCGGAUCUUUAGAGGAGUCGCCUCUAGACAAAAUGAUGACAAAUGUCGAUGAAGAUGGACAUCUUUAUGGUGUCCUGGGAAGCUCUGGAGGAUACGCAGAAACCAUCUUCCGAUAUGCGGCUAAAGAACUAUUUGGAAGAGACAUCGAUGGUCCCCUGGAUUUUAAAAUCAUAAGGAAUUCAGAUUUUCAGGAAGUCAGUUUGGAAGUGGAUGGCAAAACGGCGCUGAAAUUUGCAUUAUGUUAUGGUUUCCGGAACCUGCAGAAUAUCGUGAGGAAAGUUAAAAUUAACAAGUGUGAUUAUGACUUUGUGGAGGUCAUGGCAUGCCCUUCAGGAUGCUUAAAUGGUGGAGGUCAAAUUAAGCCAGAACCAGGACAAUCUGCGAAGGACUCGAUUCAGAGAUUGGAAACUGUUUACAUGGAUCAGGUUUCUGUUGCUGAUCCUUUUGGUAACCCCUUGGUCAGAAAGUUGUAUGAUGAAUGGCUUGAGCAGCCUGGUUCAAAGAAAGCAAAGAAGUAUAUGCAUACAGAGUACCAUCCGGUGGUAAAAAGUGUUUCUUCAGAGUUACAUAACUGGUAAAACAUAUAGCAUAGGGACAAGGGCUGGCUGCUCUCUUCAGUCUAUGGCCCGUAUCCCCUCGGAUAUACUCUUCUUAUAUCUUACAGUUCGUGACACAUGAUAACUUAAGCCAUGAGAUCAUCAGUCGUUCGUUGGGAUGCAUUUCCAUGGAUAUCCGGUUUUGAGGAAAGAAGUAGGGUCUGUAUAUUGUGUAUAUGCGCUUUUGGUUUCAGAAGAUUUUUUUUUCCUUUUUACGAUUGUCAACUAUCAUAGAGAGGAAAGGCGGGAGUCAGUAGUAUGUUAUUUUCUUUGUUCUUCUUUUUUUUUUUCUGUCCUUUUCCUCAAAUUUUUCCUCUUGCCUCUGUACAAGGCUGUCAUCAUGUUUGUUUCCUUUGAAGGAAGAAAGUUGUCAUUUUAUGUGUACAUUAUCGCUAUAAAUAAAGUGAAGAUGCAGAUUAGUUGAUUAA